AGAGGACAUGGCCUCAAGCUGAGCCAGGGGAGGUUUCGGCUGGACAUUAGAAAAAUGUCUUCACAGAAAUGCUGAUGAGACACUGGAACAGGCUGCCGAGCAAGGCCGUGGAAUCGCCGCCCCUGGAGGCGUUUAAGGAGAGCCCGAACGCGGCACUGAGGGCCGCGGUUCAGCUGACGCAGCGGUGCUCGGUCACAGGCCGGAUCUGUGAUCUCAGAGCUCUCUCCCGGCCCAAAAGACGCCGUUGGCUCCGUAAUUCCGCAAUUCCGUGUCCCGCUCCCGCCGGGCCCGCCCCGCAGGCGCGCAGUGACGGCGCCGGGGCCGCUCCCGGGCCGGGCCGGGCCGGGCUGGAGCCCCGCGGCCCCUCAGAUGCCAUGUUGCCUCAGAAGAGGGGACAGAUACCUUCCAGAGGGGACAGAAUAGCCAUGAGCAGUUUGUGGAAAAUCCUGGGAAUUUUCUUACUCUCUCUUCCAAGCGCACUGUGUCUCCAGCCAGUCCAGCCCAGAGUGCUGCUGGUGUCGUUUGAUGGGUUUCGAUGGGAUUACAUCUACAGAGUGCCCACUCCCAAUUUCCACUAUGCCAUGAAGAGCGGGGUGCACGUCAGGCAGGUGACGAACGUGUUCAUCACGAAGACGUACCCCAACCACUACACCCUGGUGACCGGGCUCUAUGCCGAGAGCCACGGCAUCGUUGCUAACGAGAUGUAUGACCCUGUCCUGAACGAAACCUUCUCCCUGAACAAAAUGAACACCCACAACUCCAAGUUCUGGGAAGAGGCCAGUCCAAUAUGGGUGACAAACCAGAGGGAAGGACACAAAUCUGGUGCUGCUAUGUGGCCUGGAACAGAUGUGAAGAUUCAUGGAGUCUUGCCUACACAUUACAUGCCCUACAAUGAAUCUGUUCCCUUUGAAGACAGGGUAGCAAAGCUCAUUGAGUGGUUUACAUCAGAAGAGCCCAUCAACUUUGGUCUCCUGUACUGGGAACAGCCUGAUGAGGCCGGACAUGUUCUGGGCCCUGAAAACCCACUUAUGGAAGCAAUAAUCAGUGACAUUGACAGAAAACUGGGAUAUCUCAUUUCUGAACUGAAGAAAGCAAAGCUGUGGGAUGUGAUAAAUGUCAUAGUCACAAGUGAUCAUGGAAUGUCACAGUCAUCCUCAGAAAGGCUCAUUGAGCUUGAUCAGUAUGUGAGCAGAGAGCUCUACAAAGUCAUCGACCACUCCCCUGCAGUAGCCAUUUUGCCAAAAGAAGGCAAACUGAAUGAAGUAUUUGAAGCUUUGGCCAAUGCUCAUCCCAACAUGACUGUAUAUAAAAAGGAGCAGAUUCCAGAUAGAUUUCAUUACAAACACAACAGGAAAAUCCAGCCCAUCUUAGCAGUGGCUGAUAAAGGAUGGGAAAUUGUACAUAACAAGACUGAUGGUUUUCUAUUUGGUAAUCAUGGAUAUGACAACACUGUACCAGAAAUGCAUCCCAUUUUUUUGGCAGUUGGGCCUGCUUUCAGAAAGAAUGCCACCAAACAAUUCAUGAAUGCUACGGACUUGUACCCCUUACUGUGCCAUCUGCUUGGCAUCAACCCACUGCCCAACAAUGGUUCCUUCAAUGCUGUGAAGGAUAUACUUGCUGAGAAAGUUCCUGGAGCCCGUAGAGCAGAUUCCUACUCCACUGUGAUAGGAGUCUUCCUGGGCAGCUUGCUUGUUUUGGUUUUUACUGCAGUUUUUGUUAAGCAUUUUGUCCUUGCCCAAGCAAAUUCCAUGCAAAUCCGACACACUGAAGUUGCCCAGCCACUGCUGCAAGAUUAAUAACACCUGGGAUUAUUUCCUGUUUGAGGCUUAAAAUAAGCCUAUACAAAGAAAAUAAACAAUGGAGGUGGAUUAGCAUGAAUAUACGGAGUGAAGGAGAUGGAUGCUGAUCCAUUGGGCAUGUACAGACCAGGGAUGGAGAGAGAGCAUGUUCCUGUUUCACACUGCAGCCACUUCAUCUUCCAGGGAUGGGUAAACCUGGGAAGCUCUUUGUGUAUGUAGACCUGUAGUGACAACAGACCUCAAAUAUCUUAUUAUGGCUAUUUUUAGGGAAAUAAUAUCAACUGGGGGUGCACUUCACAGACUAUUAAAUGGUGAUUUCAUCACUCACCCUCUUUUUUGUUUUAUUCUUUGAGGGUUUUUUUGAGUCUCUUUGAUUUUAACAAGUCACUGAAUGGUACUAAACUUCUUCGUUAGUAUUUUUCUUCCCUACCCAAGGAAGCUUUUGCAUGGAUCACCAUUACAGAUAACUUGGUUAAAUCAUGCAGGAAAAAACAUUCAGCUGGCUCAUGCAGUGCUAGGUGUAUAAGUUUCAAGUUACAUAUAUUUCUUCAAAUUGCUGUGUUAGCUGUAGCCCCAAAAUACAAAUCUUAAGUGGUAUUGCCUUUAGCAAUCAGUAUUAAACUGCUUGAUUCUUAAUAUUUAAAAAUGUUCUUAAGUAAAUAUAGGUUUUUACCACUUUAGAUAUGAUUUCAGGUAAAUGUAUGUCUUUACUUUUUUCUAUUUCCUGUGCACUGCACUAAAUUUUCGAGGAGUUCCAUGCAGCUGGCAGGAUAAAGACACGUACAAGCACCACACCUGUAUAUCCAAAUGGAAUAUUUUCUAUUUCUGUGGUGCUAAGGGAGGUGAAUAAGUUAAGGAACAAGGAUGCUUAGGCUGGUUUCAGAGUGUUGUCAGGCUUGUCUCUGGUCUGCUAGUGGAGAUUCUGAGUUUGACUUGUGUCUUGUGCUUUAUCUGUUCUGUCUGGGUGGGCCUUUGGAAUGGGAUGAUCAGGACAACACAUGCAGUUUAAGGGGCAGCUGUAUAAAUCUUAAGCCAUAUAUGUUUGUAAAUCUGAAAAAGCACACAUUACUAAUAAAAAAAAAAAAUGUAAGACUGGAGUUUAUUUUUCCAGAGGAAAACCUCUGUCAGGGAAAAAUAUUAAUUCUGACUCAACAAAGGUACAUAUUCUCAUUCUUUUGUAUGUGGCAAUAAAUGUGGCCUAGUGUAGCUGUGAGUUUUUUUGUGAGCUCACUUAAAUGGUGAGAAUCCGCUGACUAAAGUUUGUAUGAAAAACGUUCUGAAGUGAGGAAAGUUGUCUAUUGUCAGACUUCUCCCCUUCUCCCUGUGAGAUGAUAGUAUUUCUCAGCACUUUGUUGCUGAGCACAAUGCCUGAAGGAGAAAGAAACUUUCAAAAUCAGUGCAGAAAUAGCAGCCUAGGUAUUUUUAAAUGCAAUUUAUGUCUUUAUCCACAGCCCCCAGCAGAAGGCAAGGAUGGGAACACCUGGGCUUUGGAUGUGCAAAGGCAUGACAGUCAGUACUGCAAGGAGAGGGUUGGGGUACAAAAUUCCUUUUUCUGGGCUAAAUCCCAGACUUUAUGAAGAUCUGUUGUGUUCCUCUUCGAUGGCAGGGACACUUGCUUAGCAGCAAGCUGUCUUGCAGACAGAUGUGGAUAUUUCCAGAGGCCACAUUUGGGUGCAGUGAACGCUUCAGAGGGAAGGCAAUGAAAUAGCCCAACAUUUUAGUAGCUUUAAGAAGGCAGGAAAAAUGCAGGUCUGUUGGAAGACAGCCCCCAGAUUUGGGGAAUGUCUGUGAAAUCCUGUGAUUUCCAGCUGACUCUAUGCUGUUACUGUGCUGUGAACUGCCUUGUUUUCCUGCAUUGCCAUUUUCUUAAGAAAACACUGAAGGAAAAGGUUACUGUAAGGCUGAUUCUUAGUGCAGCUGGCCCUUAGCUGUGCCUGAAUUUGAAUUUGCUGGCACAGGUAAAACGGACUGCUGCAGAGGCUCCAGCUGAGCCACGACACCAGUAACGUGUUCACAGCAGUUUUCAGAGACCAGGGAAGUCUGAGCAGAAAACCCAAACCUCUGAGUUGUUACUAAUUCCUUCCCUACCCACCUUCCAAAAAGUGGAUGGCACACAGCAAACUGAUGCAGAGUCCACCUUUUCUUGCUUAUUUGCAGCUUAAAAAUGAAUUGUAGCACAAACGUAUGGUGUGUUUAAAGGAAUAUCUGCAGGCUUGUGAUAAGACAGUAACAGUGACAAUUGUCAUAACAAUGCCAUAACCAUCACCUCUAGCUUCUGCACUUCGGAACAUUUUGCUUUAGUAGAAAUUCUUCUUGCUGCAGUAAUUUAAUUGCAGUGGUCGUGGCAGAUGUAACAAUAACUUGGUUGUAAUCUCAGAGCUUUUCCUUAAACCUCACUUUAAUUGUGGCAAGUGUAGUUCUAUCAUCAGCCACAGUGACCCUUGAUUUUAAGGAGGGGGUGAAGUUUGUCAGUGUUGAUCAGCCAUUUGGGACUAUGAUUUACCUGCCCAAAUAGACAACAAGGAUAGAGCAGUAGUUUCCCCCAACAAAGGGUUGGGUAACAAUAAUAUCAAAUAGGCUGGGCACAGGAACAUGAGAAUUGUUGAUGUCAUUGUUCUGUAUUGCACUGUGAGGCCCUUCUUUGAGGAGGGCAAAAUAAAACUUUGUAAAAAAAAAUGAAGGGAAUCUUGUAGCAUUUGGGUAUUUCAGAUUAGGGUCAAACAUUUCUUUUAUUCUUAGGUGUAUUUGCAGGUACCUCUUGGGUAGUUCCUUGUUAGGACAUUUGCCCAACUGUUUUAAGUUACUGGGUGUGAGCUUAAUGAAAUUGAAAGCACAGAUGAUGCCACUCGAGAAAAGUAGCAACUUUUUUUCUGAUAUUUUGAUAUUUUGUCAGACACCUUUUUGGGUGGGGGGGGGGGGGAUGUGGGAUUUGGUUUUUGUGAUACUUUCUGUGAUUGUACAAACAAGUUUAUUGGAAAGAGAAUUUAAGUACACUGUGUACUGCUUGUAACUUAAACUUGGAAACCAAAAAUGAUGCAUGAUAUGUUUCAUUACUGACCUGUUGAGCAUAAAGAUGUCAAAUGUUUUCUUUGUUUCUUCUUGUUUGGAAAUGCAGAGGUUAAAAGAAAUCUUUGCUAUAAUGCUGUCAAGCAUGGGAGUGCUGGCUUCAUUGAAAACACUUCUGGAAAAUAAACUUGGACUGGGGGGAGAUGACUGGGGGAGAAUGGUUUCAACUUGUAUGCAUCCCAGCUAUUCUUUGGACUCUGCAAAGUGUAUGCCUUUGUUAAAAAUAACUGGAAGUGUGACAGAAGUUUGGAAUUUUAGGUCACAGCUCUUAUAUAACAGACUUGUUUCCCACCUUGCUGCCAUAUAUGGAAAAAACUGCUAUCAGUUACCAAUAGUGGGAAUCCAGUUUCUUUUACUAAAAAAAAAAAAAAAUCUUCCAGACUUUCUUGGUCAAGAGCUGCAGUAAUACUGCUACAAGAAAUGCAGUCUCAAAAAAAAUAAAAAUUAAAAAGCAGAAAAAUCAGAUUCAUUAAAUCACUUAGGUUGGAAAAGACCUUUAAGAUCAUCCAGUCCAACCAUUAACCCAGAACUGCCAAGUCUGUUGUAAGAUGAAAUGAUGUGCAAACUGACUUUUCAUAGAAUCAUAGAAUAGUUUGGGUUGGAGGGGACCUUAAAGAUCAGCUCAUUUCAAGCCCCCUGCUCCCCUGACCUCUGUCAAAACUGUGAACAGCAGAGUUUGACUUCAUGUGGGAGAAGGACAAAUGUGCAGUGGUUGGGUCCCAUUCUGUAAAAUGGAAAUUUAACAGACUUACUUCCCAGUCUUCUUCCCUGCUUAAAUAAUUCCAUGGAUGCUGUAUUGGCCAUAUCUGUGUUGCUGUAUAAAACUUUCAUGGCAUGUUUGCCCUACAGUAAAGGUGAUAUAAGCAUUUAUUAGAUAGUAAACUACAAAAAUUGUUGCAAGCACAUGAAAAUUAUAAAUUCAGUAAUGGUAUCAGCCUUUCCAUAAUGAAAUCCUAAUCUGAACCCUAUUAACAAACCUCUAAUACUGUUUUUUUGCAAUAAAAGAUGCUACCAUGCAUGUUACAGCAAACAUCUGUCCCUGUGGUCUGGUCCUUGGAGCUACACAAAGUUGGUUUAUUUUCACAGGCAAUGUGUAGGCAGCAAGUUACUGAAAGCAGUGUUUCAGAGCUGUAGUCAGGUGAAAUCAGCUUAAUUCUGGAACUGUUUCUGUGAUGCCAAUGCCCAAAAAGCACAGAACGCCAGAGGGGUUUGUUUAGGGCUGCUGGACCCAGUGUGGAGAGCUCCUGUAUGGAGGCAGUCAGUGUAACAAAACAUCUGCCUUCAGUGCUGGGAAAUGUCACUAAAUACCCCUAUUCCUCUCUAAACUGCAAAGCCAGUUAAGGGUUAGGGACUUCCCCUGAAUUAUCCUGCCCUGUGUGACCAUUGCUGAGUUGUGUCUAUUUAGCAAGUCAUGAAAUGUUGUCACAAACUACUGUCCCUUUGUCGCAGCCUUGAGGAAGCACAAGCCACAGUUUUGCUGUUGUUAUUCUGAACUGGCUGCUCAAAAGGAAAUCAGCCACUGGCUUUCAUGAGAAGUACUUCACACAAACCAGAAUGAGGCACUGGAAAUGUUUUGUCAUGUUUAAGGCUCUGUUGUUAAAAAUUAUAAUCCUUAAAUAAAUAAAUUGCAUGUCUUAAAGACA